AUUGUCAAAGGAUUUUAGACCAGUCGCCCUUUAGUACAUGAUGGGAAGCAGCGAUCUUCACGUUACGGUCAUGCGCAGUAUACAUCAGAUUCUGACGAUUAGCGCUUGGCCAAUUUCAGUCUGGGUUAUUCUACUAAGCACUGUCUUGGUGACGAAUUAUAUACUGGCCUGGGUUAGAUACCACCGUGUGCGCAGGAGUCGGCGUGGAGCACAAGUUCCUCCUAAGUACCCUACGUUGGUGCCGUUCUUAGGUCAUGCAUUCUCUUCGGCCUGGAACCUUGAACAGUUCCUAUACAAAGCAACACACUACCAUGGGAAGAUCACUUCUACUCGAAUCUCCCUUCUGGGGUCAAACAUGUAUAUCUUCCAGGAUCGUGAGACUGUUGAGAAAAUGAUGAAACAUCCCAGUCUCGCCAGCCCCAUGUCAAUCAUCAUCGUAACUCUCCGCUUCCUUUUCGGCAUGCCGGAGACGGGUCUAAAAGCUUACAGAGCUGACGACUCUGGUCCCUUGGUAAAGCCAUUUCCUGGAAGUAAUCCGAAUCUUACACCAGAGGAGCGUAUCGACUAUCUUCUUCACCAGAGCUUCAAUCAUGCUUUUAGCGGUCCGGGUCUUGCUCCAACAACGCAUCGCUUCAGGAACACCCUCUUGGCAAAGAUUAAGAUGAUGACUAGCGUUGAAAACGACCAAUGGAACCAUAUAUAUGAUUUUUUCGAGGUAUUUGGCAAAAUGACAAUCGGCGCCCUUUCACAGGCAAUUUAUGGUCCAUUAUUAUUCCAGCUUCACCCGGAGAUUAUAGAUGACCUGUGGGAUUAUGACAAUGUGCUUCCUUGGCUGGCGAGAGGAAUUCCACAAAUUCUUAUGCCAAACCCAUACCGUGUCCGGGAUAAGAUUCGGGCUAAGCUGCAGAAUUGGUACAUAUACGCUAGACAGGAUUUUCGAGAGUCUCAUAUCGACGCAGGCGGCGAUGGAGAUCCAGCUUGGGGAUCCCGGUUGGUGAGAAAUCUACAACAGGUCUUGCAUGUUGAGCGCCGCUCGCACGACGACGAUGCUAUGUCGUCGCAUGACCUUGCACUUCUAUGGGCAUCGAAUUUUAAUGCCGUCUCAGCGGCAACUUUGGCAGCAUAUCACAUAUUCCGAGAUCUAUCACUCCUCACACGUCUGCGCAUGGAGCUAGCAGCGCACUUUGAUCCCCUCUCUACAUUUGUAACAGCCGACCCAAAACUGUUAUUGAAGCUACCGCUACUAUCUGCCGUCUAUGCUGAGACGUUGCGUCUUUAUGUCAAAGUAUUUUUCAUGGCGAGUUCGCAGCACAACGAUGUCAAUUUGGGGAAAUGGAAUCUACCGAAAGGAGCCACUGGGGUUGUUAGCUCGGGCAUAUCUCAUAUGGAUGAGACCUAUUGGAACGAUGCUGGGGGAAAGCAUCCUCUCAACGAGUUCUGGCCCGAUCGAUUCCUUAUCCAUCCUGAAACCCCAUUGAGCGGACCGGCAAGGCCAGACCAAAUGCGGUUCACACAUGGUUCCAAAGCUGGUGGCUCCAAAAUACCCUAUUUCUCCAUGGAAGGCUUGGAUGGUGUAUGGAUACCAUAUGGAGGAGGUCCCUCAAUCUGCCCAGGUAGAUUCCUGGCUAAGAACGUAGUGUUCUUCUUUUGCGCAUUAUUGAUAAGCGAAUUUGAUAUCGAGCCAUUGGACGACCACUCCUUUCAACUCGAUCCUUGGAGAUACGGACUAGGUACGGCUAGGACCAAAUAUCCAGUCCCUGUGCGAGUGAGGAGAAGGAAAUAUAAAGAGAAUGCAUAAGCCUCAUUUGGAAUUACAUAUAGAAUAUGAGGACCUGUGAAAUCGACACUGAAAAUAACCGCUACUGAGGCUUCUUACGGCGUCAAUUCCACCUCGUAACUCCUGGGGGAAGCCGCCGCUUUAACUAAGGUUUAGGACUGCAUAUGUUCACGAAGUUGUUUCCGGUGGAAACACAAACGUCAACUUUUCCCCGUUUAUAGAGUCCAGCAUCAAAAAAUAUACUAAUAAAACGUAAUCUCGAU